ACGCACCGCGGGCGUAGGACCUCCUCCGUCCCGACUGACGGCGGGGCGGGGUCUGGUGCUGCCGGGAGGAGUUGGGGGCGGGGGGAGGAAGGGGGCAGCUGCCAGUGGACAUGGCGGCGGGCCGCAGCAGGGCUGUGUUUGCCGUUUUUGGAGUGCUUAGUGUUUGUGCCGUCAGCGGCUCUGGGCCCGUGGCUGAGGGGGAGACCGGCGGGGAGGCGGAGUGGACGGAGCCUUGGGAUGGUGCGGUUUUCCGGCCGCCCUCAGCGCUGGGCGCGGUGGGGGUGGCGCGCAGUCCGGGGACCCCGCGGCCAGGGAGGGAGGAGGCGGUGGACUUGCCCGUGCUGUUGUGGUGGAGCCCAGGGCUAUUUCCCCACUUCCCGGGCGACUCGGAGCGCAUCGAGUGCGCGCGCGGUGCGUGCGUGGCGUCCCGGGACCGACGGGUGCGGGGGCACUCACGGACGCGCGCGCUGCUCUUCUACGGCACUGACUUUCGCGCGUCUGAGGCGCCGCUGCCGCGCCUGGCACAUCAGAGCUGGGCGCUCCUGCACGAGGAGUCGCCCCUCAACAACUUCGUGCUGAGCCACGGUCCGGGCAUCCGCCUCUUCAAUCUCACUGCCACCUUCAGCCGUCAUUCUGACUACCCGCUGCCGCUGCAGUGGCUACCCGGGACCGCCUACCUGCGCCGCGCCGCGCCUCCGCUACAGGAGCGCGCGGAGUGGCGCCGGCGCGGCUACGCGCCGCUGCUCUAUCUGCAGUCCCACUGCGACGUGCCUGCGGACCGGGACCGUUACGUGCGCGAGCUGAUGCGCUUCAUCCCGGUGGACUCCUAUGGGAAAUGCCUGCAAAAUCGGGAGCUGCCCACUCCGCGGUUACAGGACACAGCCACAGCUACCACCGAGGAUCCAGAGCUCUUGGCCUUCUUGUCUCGCUAUAAGUUCCACUUGGCCCUCGAAAAUGCCAUCUGUGAUGACUACAUGACAGAAAAACUGUGGCGCCCCAUGCAUCUCGGGGCUGUGCCUGUGUAUCGCGGCUCUCCCUCUGUGAGGGACUGGAUGCCCAACAAUCACUCCAUCAUCCUCAUUGAUGACUUUGAGUCACCUCAGAAGCUGGCAGAAUUUAUUGACUUUCUGGACAAGAAUGAUGAGGAAUACAUGAAAUACUUGGCAUAUAAGCAACGUGGGGGCAUCACCAACCAGUUCCUUCUGGAUAGUCUGAAGCAUCGGGAGUGGGGAGUGAAUGAUCCUUUGCUGCCUAACUACCUCAAUGGUUUCGAGUGUUUCGUCUGUGACCACGAACUGGCUCGGCUGGAGGCCGAGAAAGCCCACGCAGCCUCUCCUGGGGACAUCCCUGGCCCUGAACCUCACAUUGCCCAGCCCUCACACAUGGACUGCCCGGUGCCCACACCUGGCUUUGGCAGUGUGGAAGAGAUUCCUGAGAAUGACAGCUGGAAGGAGAUGUGGCUGCAAGAUUAUUGGCAAGGUCUGGACCAGGGGGAAGCUCUCACUGCCAUGAUCCACAACAAUGAGACAAAGCAGAUGAAAUUUUGGGAUUACCUACAUGAGAUCUUCAUGAAAAGGAACCAAAAUCUCUAAUUACCCUUGCAAGAGCCUUUAACUUGGCAGAGCUAGGAGAUGGAAGUCCUUAUUCUACUAUGGGACAUGAGGGGCAUCUGCUGCACAACCUUAAUGAACACUGUCUUAUCAUGAGUUCAAGGAAUUCCAGUUACAGCCACUGAUAUUUUAUCUUAAUGAUGUGUACCCAGUGUCUCAGCUUGUGGUAAUAGGGCCUGUCCUCAAGGAGAGAUGGAAGCCUCCAGUUCUUGGGAUUAGUGGGAAGCAAAAGCCUGAAACACCCACUUGUUUCAAAGUGCUGAUCAAACAGAAUUUUAAAAGAUCUGCAUCUUUUUCUAGCCAUUUCAUCCUCUCAACUGUGAUUGGAACAACACCUUGGUACUUGUCUAAGAAUGAGGUAAGAUGGGUCAGGUUUAUGGUCUUAAAACUUCGAUGCUAUUCCUUAAAUUCUUCAUUAUUCAGUACCUUUCCUAAUCUCUUUUCCUCGUCUCCUGCUUUAUAAACUGUUAUGUUGGUGGUGAAGCAAAACUCCUGGUGGGUUGUAUUCUGGUUCUUGGAGUUGUAUUUUUUAAUAUCAUUUACUUGCCUUUGAUGUCAAACUUUUUAUUUUAAAUGGAUUUUUCUUUCCUGGCUGUCCACUGUAUCUGAUGAAGAUGCAGUAGCCUUGCCACCAUCCCCACAUUCAUUCUCCCCUGCAUUAAACUGGCUAUAGAUUUGACAGCUUUUUUUAUUGCUGGUUUGCUUUUUUUUUUUUUUAAGAGCAUAUCUGGAAUUCCUUCUCAUGAACAGAAAGACUCAAUGGCUAAUAUAUGCCAUGUCAAUUUAAUGAAUUGUCCUGCUCUAUUUGAGGUUAGAGAUUAAGGCUGUAAAUGAUGACAGAGUAUAUAUAUAUCAUUCAUGUAUAUAUAUAUAUAUAUAUAUAUAUAUAUGAAUAUUUAAAUGAUUUUGAAAUGUUAAAAUAGAUCAGUGCAAAUCAAACUGCAGAUUUUUAUAGGUCUUUAGUCUUUUCUGUUUGCCUAAUGAACUCUCUAUUUUAUUGUUUUUAUAUGCUACAAUUCUAAGUCUCAUUUUUCCCAAAGAGUCAUGAAGAUUAUGUUGGAAAAAACAGCCCAGCAAUAUAGUUGUAGCAAUUACCUCAUAUUAUGUAGCGUUUUUCACUUUAUGUGGAAUGAAUAUUCCAACUUCAUUCUAUUACCAAUAUCCGUCUGUACAACUUUAUAGUACUUACUGAGACUACAUUUUGAUGGAACCCACCUAAGGUCCUAACCUCAGGGGGAGGUGAGGCAAGAGAUAGCCACAAGUGGCUGGCUAAAUAAAAAGCUGUUAGGCGAUUUUGGGGUACAGCCAAACCCUUUUAUUGCUGUGGUUUGAAAAUAAAGCUUAAUGGGCAGGGAGACCGUUAGCUUUUUCUGGGCCAGUGGAACAAAAAAGAAUACUUUGGACCUUAGUGCUACUCUGGUUGUAAUGUAGUAUUAAUGAAUUAUCACUAGAGAAGUUCCAUAGCUUAUCAGUUUAUCUGUUUGUAAAUUAUGUACUUUUACAUACAUAUACACACACUAAUUUACAACCAGAUGUAUGUGUGUGUAUGUAUGUGUAUGUAUGUACGUAUGUUAGAUGGGUCCCACCCUUAAUAUUGUGACAUCUAAGGAUAUGGCCAAGGAGAGCUGUAAUUUGGGCUGGAUUUCAUUGCCAUUGUGGUUCCUUUUCCAUUUUAUUUUUUAGUAAAAAAUACCCUUCACACCAGCAUGGAAAGUUUGCUUAGGGGUGCCUGGGUGGCUCAGUCGUUAAGCAUCUGCCUUCGGCUCAAGUCAUGAUCCCAGGGUCCUGGGAUCGAGCCCCGCAUCGGGCUCCCUGCUCAGUGGGAAGCCUGCCUC